AGGCGCUCAGGGGCCGGAUGUGGCCCGCGGGCCGUAGUUUGCCCCCCUCUGUCCUACAUCCCACACGAUCCUACAAGGACUCCUUUUCUUUUUGCGAAUACGGACUAACAGGGCUGCUCCUCUGAAACCUGCUUUUGCCACAGUAACUGUCAUGGCGGCUAGUGGGGGGCGGGGCGAGGAUGGGAGACUCUAGAGCUACUUCCACCGCGGUAACUGUCACGGAGGGUAGGCAAAGGCAAAAAGCGGUCGAGAGGGGCGGAAGUGACGACAUUACUAUUGCGGAGCGGUGGCAAGGAACGUUUGGGACCAGGGAGCGGGGCGGAAGCGGCUCAAAUGGCGGCCACCAAUCAGCUUCUCGGGGGCGUGGCUGAGGGGCGGGGAUACGUAUAAAUGCAGGCUCCGAGGGGGGCGCUUUAUUCAGUGGCAGGCGGCUGAGCACGGCGGAGACCGUUGCUGGCCCGCUCCUCGUUGUAGCGCCCCCACCCGUAACGCAGCCGCCCCCACCCCUCCAGUCCCCGCAGCCAUGUUCAGCUGGGUGAGCAAGGACGCGCGGCGGCGCAAGGAGCCGGAGCUGUUCCGCACGGUCUCGGAGGGGCUGAAGCAGCUCUACGCCACCAAGCUGCUGCCCUUGGAGGAGUACUACCGCUUCCACGACUUCCACUCCCCGGCGCUGGAGCCGGCCGACUGGGAGAACAAGCCCAUGGUGCUGCUGGUGGGGCAGUACAGCACGGGCAAGACCACCUUCAUCCGGCACCUCAUCGAGCAGGACUUCCCGGGCAUGCGCAUCGGGCCCGAGCCCACCACCGACUCCUUCAUCGCCGUCAUGGGCGGCGAGACCGAGGGCGUCGUCCCUGGCAACGCCCUGGUGGUCGACCCGCGGCGGCCGUUCCGCAAGCUCAACGCCUUCGGCAACGCUUUUCUCAACAGGUUCAUGUGUGCCCAGCUACCCAACCCUGUCCUGGAUAGCAUCAGUAUCAUUGACACACCUGGUAUCCUCUCGGGAGAGAAGCAACGCAUAAGCAGAGGCUACGACUUCGCAGCAGUACUGGAGUGGUUCGCAGAGCGUGUGGACCGUAUUAUUCUCCUCUUCGAUGCUCACAAGCUUGACAUCUCAGAUGAGUUUUCAGAGGUGAUCAAGGCCCUGAAGAACCACGAGGACAAGAUCCGGGUGGUGCUGAACAAAGCUGACCAGAUUGAGACUCAACAGCUGAUGCGGGUCUAUGGUGCCCUCAUGUGGUCGCUGGGGAAGAUCAUAAACACCCCAGAGGUGGUGCGGGUCUACAUUGGCUCCUUCUGGUCCCAGCCACUCCUCAUCCCUGAGAACAGGAAGCUCUUUGAAGCGGAAGAGCAGGAUCUCUUCAAAGAUAUCCAGUCCCUGCCCAGGAAUGCUGCACUCCGCAAGCUCAAUGACCUCAUCAAGAGAGCCAGGCUAGCCAAGGUCCAUGCCUACAUAAUCAGCUCUCUGAAGAAGGAGAUGCCCAAUGUCUUUGGGAAGGAGAGCAAAAAGAAGGAGCUGGUGAACAACCUCGGCGAGAUCUACUUGAAGAUUGAGCGGGAGCAUCAGAUCUCCCCUGGGGACUUCCCCAAUCUGCGCAAGAUGCAGGAGCUCCUGCUGAGCCAAGACUUCAGCAAGUUCCAGCCCCUGAAGCCGAAGCUGUUGGAUGCAGUGGACGACAUGCUGGCCAAUGACAUUGCCCGGCUCAUGGUGAUGGUGCGGCAGGAAGAGUCUCAGAUGCCCACCCAGGCGGUGAAGGGCGGGGCCUUUGAGGGCACUAUGAAUGGGCCUUUUGGCCAUGGCUAUGGGGAGGGGGCUGGCGAGGGCAUUGAUGACAUUGAGUGGGUGGUGGGAAAGGACAAGCCCAGCUAUGAUGAGAUCUUCUACACCCUCUCGCCUGUCAAUGGUAAGAUCACGGGUGCCAGUGCCAAGAAAGAGAUGGUGAAAUCAAAGUUGCCCAACACUGUCCUGGGCAAGAUCUGGAAACUGGCUGAUGUGGACAAAGAUGGACUCUUAGAUGAUGAGGAGUUUGCACUGGCCAACCACUUGAUCAAGGUGAAGCUAGAAGGGCAUGAGCUGCCUGCAGAACUACCCCCCCAUCUAGUGCCCCCCUCCAAACGCAGACCCGAAUGACUCCCCAGCAUCCUUUAAAUGGAGGGGGGAUGGGCAGCCAGAUGUCUGGAUUUCAACAUCUAACUCUGCUAAAGAUCCACAACCCCUGAGAGCUGGUGGACAGUUUGAAUUUUGCUUCAAAAGGCACCGAACUUACACCUUCCAAAGUCCCCCAUCUAUGGGAGUGAUAAGAUCUGAAUGAAACCCUCAGACAUGUCAUUGUGCACAAGAAUGAUAUUUUUAAUAUAUUCAAGGCUGCAUUUUUGUUCCCCUUUAUCUCUUGAGGUGCUGCUCCAGGAGCUGCUAAUACAACUGGUUUGUCUUCCUAAGGUGUUGAAUGAAUGGCUCCUUGUGGCAGGGCAGCAUGGCUGAGCUGCGGACAUCAGUUCAAUCCCCCUGCCUGGGAAUACUGUUCACAAUGGAAUCCGCUUCACCCUUGUGCUGGGAUGGCACAACUCUGGUUCCCCUCACCCCCCAGCUGUCUGAUUUUUCUGGGGGAGCAGGCACUGUAACUUCCCAUGGUGGUGAAGCAGUUCUAAUUCUCUUUGGAACAUGGUCCAAACACAUCAGUUCAGUUCUAAGCUGACUUCCCCCUAUGUACAGAGCAGUUUUUAUGCUAAUGACCCAGGUGGUUGGUUUUAAGAUAGAGGGUCAUUUCUCCAGGGCUUUCUGAUCUUCCCAUAUAGAAAUGUUCACAAGUAAAUGAGUGUUAAUUAC